CAGGCCCUCGCCUCUGGCCGCGGCACGCUGGUCGAGUUUUACGCGCCGUGGUGUGCCGAGUGCCGCGAGAUGGCGCCGAUGAUGUACCGGCUGGAGAAGGAGUACGCGGGGCGCGUCAACUUCGUGCUCGUCGACGGCGCCGACCCGAAGAACGAGCAGCUCGUCUCCCUCUUCAGCGUCGACGGCGUGCCGCACUUCGGCUUCAUCUCGGCCGAGCGGAAGCUGCUGCAGACGCUGAUCGGCAACGUGCCGAGGCAGGCGAUGGAGGCUAGCCUGAGGCGGCUG